AUGACUAAAAUCAUCAAGGAGAUGCUCCCUCCAGAUGUUCGUGUUGCAAGAGAUACUCAAGACCUUCUUAGAGAGUGUUGUGGAAGACAGAAAAACAAUUGUCCAGAACAUGUCCUCAAGGCCUUAGAGGUUCUUGGAUUUGCGGAGUAUAUUGAAGAAGUAUAUGCUGCAUAUGAGCAGCACAGGGUGCAGACCAUGGACACAAUGAGAUGCAGAAAAUGGAGCAAUGUAGCGGAGAUGACGGAGGAGGAAGCACUUGCCGAGCAGCAAAAGAUGUUUGUAAAGGCUCGUGCGAGGAUGAAUGAUGGGCCCUCUGCCCCCAAGUAG